GGCUAAACGACUAAAUCCCAUCUUCCUGUGAUUCUUUAGCCGGAAAACUGUCAAAAUCUGUGGAUAAAUUCACGAAAUAAGAAAAAGGAUGGCAUCUAGAAUAAAUACCGAUUUCACUUUGAUUCCCAAGCACAAAUAUAGACGUAGUAAUCGUCGAUCCAGCUAUAUUUCCAAUAACAACCUUGACUCAGAUUCUCAGCCUUUAUCAGCACUUGGAAACUUUAAAGCCUUGCCACUGGAAGUAUUCCAAAUAAUCUUAAGAUAUUUGUCAGUGAAAGAUAUCAGCAUGCUAAGCAUGGUGUCCAAGACAAUCAGCCAACACAUUAUUAAUUAUAUCUCAACAUCAUCAGGAAGCAAAAGAUUUUUACUACAGGACUUUCAUAACAUUGAGCUGCCUGGCAGGAAAAAAGACUCGGUUAUGCUGGAACACUACAGAUUUCUAGGCUUGCUAUUUAAAAGAUGUACAUUGCUGCUACCCACAAAGGAAAGACUAAAGUACAUUCACAAGAUACUCGCAGAAGUUUCCUGUUUUAAAUUCAGUGGCUGUGUAGCUCCUAUGCAAUGUUUAGGAUUCUCAUGUUAUGGCAUGUUUUUACAGACCUUAACAGCAGGUUGGGAUGAACUUGAGUGCCAUCGUGUUUAUAACUUCUUAUGUGAAAUGACUACCCUCUCUCGCAAGAUGCAGACCAUUGUCUUAAGCAAACCAGGAAGUGCCCGAAAACUGGAGUUAAGGAUCCGGCUGUUCUGUAGGAAUGUCCUCCUUGAUCAUUGGCCACAUCGAAGUGAUUCUGCUUUUUGGUUGACACGUAUAUUAAAACCAUGGCCAAUGGUGAAUCAGGCAAGAUUACUGUAUAUCAUCUUUGGACCAGUAGCUCCUCAAGAUGGACAGGUGCUUUGGCAUAAAAUGACAGACGAACCUACAGAUGAAUCCAGUAUGAGAGGUUUGGCUGAUGCCAUUAAAUUACUAUAUGACACACGCAUCAAAGAGUGGACAGCAGAUGAUGUUAUCAGUCUUGUAGAUGAACUAUCAGUGGUUCCCCGUGAGUGGCUUCUAGAGAACAAUGCACAUCUCCUACUCCUAAGUGGGAACAACAUCUGUUUCACUUUCAUGGCUAGUAAAGCUGUGAAUGGGCGGACCAUUGAACUGGCAAGGCUGAUAGUCUUUUUGGCUUUGGUGUGCGAGAAAGAACUCUACUGCAUGGAUUGGGCAGUUCAAAUGAUGCAUAAAGUCUGUAAAGUCUUUAAUACUCAAGUGGAAAGAGGUAACUUCCUGCAGAAUGUGGCAAAUGCAUUUGCAUGUGUUAUAAUGGAAAUGCUGCAUACAGUUAUGUCUGGAGACCAUGAUGAAGAGGAGAGAAACUUUUUGAAUUUGUUCCAUCUUGUACAUGCUCAGGCUAACUUCCAUAAAGAAGUCCUGUAUUUGACCAUGAAUACUCUCUCAACUUAAAUACUCAGAAAGCCUUGCAUUUAGAGAAUACCUCACUAAACUAACAAUUAGAAGAGUGCUACUUUUCCUCAAUCAAAGAAUAGCAUCCGUGGAACUUUUUAUCACCUAACUAAUUCAAAAGCUACAUAGAAUUUUAGAAGUAGAUGCUUAAACCAUUAUUAAUAUAAAAAUUACAGGCAAACCCAAGAAUGUAUUGAGAUUUCUCUGGAAAAUAAGCUGCGUCUCUCCAGAUUUUGGUAAACCUAGCACUAAACUAAAUAGAACAUUGUAUCCAAGAAUCUGGGGCCAGCCAACCUGUAUGUGUGGAUCUUUGAAGAAAGACAAAUUUUUGUUUUAUAGUUAGAGCAGACCCAAAUUCAUUAGAUAAUAUGUAUCUGUUCACCUUGCUUAAGUUAUGUAGACAUAGCCUAGAAUGUUUUGUGAAGGUUUGCAAUAUAAUGUUUUGGAAUGUGCAGUUAUGAAUCACAUUUUUUUUACCACUUUCUUGACUUAUGAUUUCAAAGAAUGUUAUAUUUUGUUCACGUUUUGUAUGAACAAAUAAAAACCCAAAGUAAGUAUGUGUGUGUGUAUACAGAUGUCUGUAUACACACACACACACACAUAUAUAUGCAUAUACAUGUUUCCUUCUUUAAGACAAAUCAUACAAAAAGUCUGUAAAUAGAGGAAGGUGUAUAUUGUUUUAAUACAAAUCAUCUUUUAUCCUUUCCUGGGGAUUAGAG